AUGUUCUACUUUUUAUAAUCAAUUGAUCAAUUUGGAGUUUAGUAGAAACUGUAAAUUCCACCAAUCAAUCCCACUUAAAAAAGUGCUUUAGGUGGAUUGGUAACAUUAACAUUGUAUGGUGUAAGCUUAGGAUAUUUUCUAUUUCAAUUUGUUGAUUGGCAAUAAAACAACAAACUUCCAAAAGUAACAUCGCUAAAUUAACAGAUCAAUAAUGAUUAAACAUUGAAAUUUUAAGGAGUAUUUGCUGAAAUAAGCUACUUCUAAGAAUUAUCAAAUUAAAUAGAUCCUUUUGAUCCAUAAAAUAUGAUAUUACAACCAUAAUUAAUUAUUACAACUAGUUAUUUUGAGGUAAAGCUAUAUUAAUCUCUAGGAAACUACUAUCAAUGCAACUUUCUAAUAUAGGAAAAGAUAAGAUGGUAAAACUGUAAAUACUCUCUUGAUUGAAGAUAUUGAAAUUAAAAAUUCACCAAUAGGUACACUAGACCAUAAAUAUAUAAACUAUCAAUUAUCAUUUGGAUAUUGCAAUCCAUAGCUACUUUAAAAUGGAUAAAAUUGUGCUGAUUAAAACUUAAUCAAUUAAUUUUUUUUAUAAGACAACUACUAUUAGAUAUUGAUAUAUUUAGAACAAUUUGAUCCAAAAAGUAAACAAAUUGUUAAAAUUCCAAGAGAAUUCAUUAUUGAAAUGAUUAAAAAAUCCCUCUUUUUUAAUUAAUUUAUGUUAAAAGCAGGAGAUUUAAUAAUGGAUGAUGGAUUUUUAUUUCCAAACUCUAAUAAAUAAAGUUACUUUUCUGAAUUAUCUAUCUUAACCACUUAAUUUGAUUAAGAGCAUGCUAAAAAAGUAUAUGGAGAAGAAUUAAUUUCUAUAUUAUAUUUUAAUUUAGAUUAAAUAAAAAUAGUAAAUAUGGUUGAAUAUCCAAAAAUAUCAGAAAUAUUAGCAGAUACUGGUUCAAUUAUAUCUUGGAUUCUUUCAAUUUCAUUUAUUGUUUCAAAAUAUAAUGAAAACUUAAGUUUAGAAAAAACUUAAAGAGAAAUAAUAACAAUGUAUUAUAAUGAUUUUAAUGAUUUUUAAAUUUAAAAGAAUUGUUUAGGUAAAGUCUAAAGGGUAAACUAUAAAGGAAAAGAAUAUGAUCUUUAAAAAUCUGAAGAAAUUCUUAAUCGAUUAGAUCGAAUUGCAAUUGAAAAAAUGAAUUAUUUGAAUUUAUAAAAUGAAGUAGCUAAGUAAUUAUUAUUUAAUUCUAUUCUAGAUUAUAAUUAAUCUUAUAAGAACAUUUAGGAUUAUAACAAAUUAAAAAAUAUUUAGAAUCGAAAUUUACAUUAGAAUCUCUAUUUGAUAAAUUAGGAAUACCUGAAAAAAUUUCCUAAUAAGAAAUCAAUUAAAUUGUAAUUAUCUUUUCAUUUUUUAAGCAUGCUUAACAUAAGUUGUAAUAAGAUAGAAUUUAAUAAUUUAAUAUAUAAGUAGCGUCUGAUUCAAAAACUAAUAAAUAGAUUGUAGAGUAGGAAGUAGAAUUAAGGAUAGGGCUUCUAGAUAUAAAAUCCCAUGAAUAUGGUUAGGUUAGAGAGCAGAAUAGUAAUUUGGAUAUUUAGGAAUCCCUCUAACAUAUCAAUAAUUAUUAAACAGUCAUCAAUGUUGAUAAGACUGAUGGGAUUAAGUGA